CGGGCGCACACACACGGACACACGGACACACAGACACACGGACACGGACACGCGCGCUGCGUGCGCGCCGCCCGCCGAGGGACCCACGGACUGGAGGAGGCAAAGCUGCAGUCAGGGCAGGAGAAGUGAGGGAGAGGAAGAGGCGGGAGCAGAGGGACGCGGAGGAGUGGAGAGGACAGAGGGAGAAACAGGCACCGAGACUCUUCAGAGAUGGGUGAGUUAUAACCAAGAGAGCAGGAGGAAAGGCAGAGAAAGGAAGAGAAGGAGAGCCGUGGGGAAGGGGAAAAGGAAAGGAGAUAAGAGACUGAGUCAGCUUCCAGAGGGCAAACACCAGGAGACGAGUUCAGGGAACACCACAGCACAUCACGAAGGACCUGCUCCGUCUGAAUCUUCACCAUGAGCACAAGGAAGAGCUGCCCCCUGCCACUGGGGCAAGGAGACCAGGAGGAAAAGCAGAGCGAGGGUACUCCUGACCUGGAGCGACAGGAGUGUGAGAUGGAGCUGAGGAACAAAGCUAUUCUGCAACAAAAGAGGCGCCUCAAACAGGCCACCCAGUUUGUGCACAAGGACUCUGCUGAUCUGCUGCCCCUGGAUGGCUUGACAAGACUUGGCACCUCCAAGGAUCUGCAGCCUCAUAGUGUGGUCCAGCGGCGCCUCUUGGAAGGCAACCUGAACAAGCUGCGGGGCGAGGCCAGGGGUCAGUCUGCACGGGUUCAAUCUCCGCUGGCAAAGGACCAGGAUGAAAAGGUGGAAAAGGAAGAGGACAGGAGAAAAGAGACUUCACCCCUGCUAAUACACUGCCAGUGUCAAGGUCAGCUAUUGAAAGCGACUGUUAACACUGGGUGUCUACCAAACCUCAUCUCCAAAAGAUGUUUCAACCAGCUGGGGCUGGAAGAAGUGUCUGCCAUGGACUGUGGAGACCUCUCUCCUCUCAUCCCCAGCGUUGUUGGCCGAGUAGAACAUAUGGAAUUGCAAUUUGGCCAGGAGACAGUGCUGUGUUCAGCACUGGUUGUAGAUGAUGAAAUGCUGGAGUUUUGUAUUGGCCUCCAGACUCUGUUGUCUCUCAAGUGUUGCAUCGACUUGGACGAAGGAGUCCUGAGAUUUAAAGCACUGAGUCAGGAGCUGCCUUUUCUACAUGCCUCUGAAGAGCCUGGUCAGUGACUGGCUGCGUUCCCCAUGUCUGGAGACUUGCUGCCACGAGAGAGAGAUGAGGGUGAGGCUCCCAUGCCCCUAACCUUGCUGAGUUCUAGGCUGAGGUAUUCAAUGGGAAGAGAGAAAAAGGCAAGUGGGUGCUGGAAGCUGUCACUGGGAGUGCCUCAACUUGAGUUAUCCCUCCUUACAGUGGACCCUCUUGCUUGUCCUGAUGUGCCGAGUGGCCAUUUUGUUCUUGUUCUGCUAUUUGGCCCUAGUCACUCCAAUUUCUGGUUCUGUAAUAAAUUUAUGCUACCCCUUUAAUGAUUUUACAAUACACUCUGUUCACAAGAGAGUCUCUGUGAACAAUAUCCAGUUGUUCUAUUGGCAAGAGAACAGUGUUUCCUCCAAAGAUUACCACAAAUGUUUCCCUUCUCGUUGUCUCAAUGCCAGCGUACACCAGUCCUGUUUCUUUGUUGGAAGGGCUCUGUUCCCUUUGCCUGUACUCUGGGAAGCUGGAUUUUGCUGCUUUUUUCUGGCUCAGAGCAGAACAGAAGUAUUUUCUUGGGAAAACUUUAUGGCAAAGACAAGUUUUAGAGUUCUCCGUUCUAAGAAACUUUUGCAGAAAUGUUGAGUGCAGACGCCUAAAGCACUGACAGGGGCUUGGGUUUUGCCACUGCAUCCCUGGGCACUAAGCUAUAUUAUAUGAAUAGCAAUGCUUACCAUCUCUUGGUGUUACACCCUGUAACCAGACUUGCACACCCUGUUCUUCUGGUCAGGCCACUCCUCUCUGCACUCCAGCUGCUAGAGCUGCACCCCUGUUCCCUCUGCUGCUUCAUCAGAGAUCCUGCCACUCAGUUUAAAUGCCAUGAUGAAUUACAGCACUGAGUCUUCUGCUCUGUCAGCUCCUUUCUUUCAACUUGAAAUACAGUGAUUAAACACAGACACAUCAUCAGCCUCGUGUCCUGGCAUCACACAGCCCAUCAACUUUGCUUCUCUUGCACAAAAUGAGAACUUGUAGUAUCAGCUCAGGUUAGAGAACUGCAAACUCACCUGGAAUGUUAAAGGUGAUUAUUAAGUCACCUAACAAUUGGGUUUAUUUAAUUUCUUUUUUUUUUCUUUUAAAUUUCCAUCCUAAAGCAUAGUUGUAUUAAAAAUGCAUAAUCUAUUCUUAACUAGCCCUAGGAAAAAUGCACUAGAUCAGGGCUUGUUCCAUGCCUCAUGGCUACUGAUUCACCACCCAAACUGCAAAAUGUACCUCUAUCUACCCUUAAAAUGGUAUUUGAGUACCCCAAAAUGACAACCCCAUUUUGCCUAUUUUCCUGGAUUAAACACCACUGACUGUCCUCCUUUUUUAUCAAGCUGGUCAUUGUCCCUGUUGUGUUUCUCAAAUAACGUCUGUAUGCAUUUUUUCCUUUUUUUUUUUUGUUAGUUCUUUUCUCUGCACCUGUACGCUGUAGUUUAACACAUGCUAAGGACAUAAGAGUAAAUUCUGGAUGAUCUGGGAUUCACUUAUCAGAGAUAGUUGGCAUGACUGGCAUCUCCUGCUCCUACAAGGAUUUUUACUGUUAGUCAUCAUAUCUUGCAGCUUCUGCUAUGUUCCUUGACUUCUUUACCACUCUUCUACUUGUGCAUCUAUUUCUGGCUGCAUGAACUGCUUUCCAUGAAUCUCUUGAGUGACACCAACAGCUCUCUCGUUUAGUCAGGAAAACAUGCCUGCUCCCUGAGCCUGUCUUCCAAAGUAGCAGUAACUCCUCCUGGAUUUGUAUCACUUGCAUGCCUGACUGCCUUCUCAAACUCAGGGGUCUAAACAGCUCAUGCUUGUACUAAACCAUCUUGUAUUCUAGCUGCAGUCUAUGUGGUACCCAGUCCAAUUCUGCUGACAAAAUCUUGCUUGUGAUAGACAAAACAUCUGCCUCUAUAUGCAUCAACUCACCCAGUUUCCAACUCUAAUUGCCCUCUAAAAACAGCAUGUAGAACAAGGGCAAAUAAUCUAUACAUACAGAUACCAUGUCCAUUACAAAUCUUAUUACUUGUAAACUUCUACGACUCAUUAAAAAAAACCCUCUAAAACACAACCCAAAAGCUGACUUUAGCCCUAACCCAAAUAAUAAACCCUAACAAUGACCCUAAAUCUAAGAUGUAGGGCACUACAUCCUAAUCCUAAAUUUA